AUGGAUUCAGACGAAUACGAUGACGAUCUCGCAGACGAGGAUUUGGUUGAGGCACUUAGUCAGAGCCAAGCCAUACCCGCGAGCUCGGGUAUCAAUUUACAGAAUGGCAGAACGUCGUCUCUUGCCCAAGCCCUGGCCUCAUCUUGUACCCGGGCCAAUGCUGGACGUCAAGCUCAGUCAUCUGGUCUUAGUGGAGGACCAAGAACAACUUUGCUAGGCGGCAGAGUGGCAGAUGACGCCUCGACUCAGCCGCAGCAGCCAGGCUUUGGUCGUGUCUACCGAGGGGACAAGCCAGUGGAAGCCCCUUCUCAGCACGCCAUGGAUCGUGAGGCCAUGAAGACAUGGAUAUAUCCCACCAACCUGGGAGCCACGAGAGAUUACCAGUUCAGUAUCGUCAAAAACGGUCUGUUCAACAAUACACUCGUCGCGCUACCUACAGGUCUCGGCAAAACAUUCAUUGCUGCAACGGUGAUGCUCAACUACUACCGUUGGACAAAGGACGCAAAAAUCGUGUUUGUUGCGCCUACGAAACCUCUCGUAGCUCAACAAGUUGACGCUUGCUUCAAUAUUGUGGGCAUACCCCGGUCAGAGACCACUCUUCUCACUGGCGACACGGCGCCCGCUCUCAGAGUAGACGAAUGGUCGUCAAAGCGAGUGUUUUUCAUGACGCCGCAAACUCUUCAAAACGACAUUUCACACGGUUACGCAGAUCCGAAAUCUAUUGUACUUCUGGUAAUUGAUGAGGCUCAUCGGGCAACGGGCGAGUACGCAUACGCAAAAGUGGUGAAGAGAAUACGCCAGUACAAUCCCUACUUCCGCCUACUCGCCUUGACAGCAACACCAGGGUCGAAGGUCGAGACUGUGCAAGAGAUUAUCGACAAUCUCGGAAUAUCCCAUAUCGAGAUCCGCACAGAGGAUUCGAUCGAUAUCCGUCAAUACGUUCAUUCAAGGAAUGUCGAGCAAGUAGUACUCGACCCCUCGGAUGAGAUGUGCGAGAUCAAGGAGCUAUUCACGAAAGCCCUGAAACCGUUGAUGGACAAGCUGACCCAGCAAAACAUUUACUACGGAAGAGAUCCAAUGGCGAUUACGACAUAUGGCCUGGUGAAGCAGCAACAAGAUUGGUUCGCCAACGUCGGCAGAAGAGCCAAUCCUGGGGUGCAGUUCAUGAUGAGAGCUAUCUUCAGCAUUUUGCAAAGCUUGGCCCACGCGAUCAAAUUACUCAACUUCCAUGGCAUCAGGCCCUUUUACGAAAACCUCAAAGAAUUUCGAAGCGAAAUUGAGGACAAGGGAGAGAAGGGCUCCAAGUACAAGAAGCAAAUUGUUAACGACUCGAGCUUCCAGGAGAUGAUGACCAGGGUGGAAAAGUGGCUUCACCUGGACGGCUUCGUGGGUCACCCCAAGCUCGCCGCUCUCCAGGACACUGUCCUGAACCAUUUCAUGGAUGCCGGUGCAACCUCCACUCGAAUUAUAGUGUUCAGCGAGUACAGAGACAGUGCUGAAGAUAUUGUCAAGGUACUGAAUGUCCACAAACCGCUGAUCAAGGCCACUGUCUUCGUGGGACAAGCCGACUCGAAGCGAUCCGCCGGCAUGAAGCAGGCCGAACAGAUUGCGACGAUACAAAAGUUCAAGGAUGGCGAAUACAACGUUCUGGUCGCAACGUCCAUCGGAGAAGAGGGACUGGACAUUGGCCAGGUCGAUUUGAUUGUCUGCUACGAUGCCUCGUCCUCGCCCAUUCGUAUGCUACAACGAAUGGGUAGAACGGGCCGAAAGAGGGCUGGAAAUAUUGUGCUCUUGUUGAUGAGGGGCAAGGAAGAGGAUGCUUUUGCCAGGUCAAAAGACAACUAUGCGGAGAUGCAAAAGUUGAUCUGCGAAGGGAGCAAGUUCAACUUCCGUCACGACCUUUCCACUCGCAUCGUACCUCGGGAGAUCCGCCCGGAGGUGGACAUGCAGCAUAUCGAGAUCCCCAUCGAGAACACGCAGAACCCGUCACUCCCGGAGCCCAAGAAGGGCAGGGCGAGGAAGAAACUGCCGCCUAAGAAGUUCCACAUGCCUGACGGCGUCGAGAUGGGCUUCGUGAAAGCAUCCGCCAUCGGCAAACCCGGUGCGGCGCCCAAAAGAGGCCGCCCCAAAAAGCAAGAGCAACAGCAACAGCCGACGGAGGCUGACUUCAUCACCGACGUACCCUCGCUCGAUUCGGUCGUGCUCACAGAAGCGCAACUGGCCGAGUUGGACAAGGUGUACCGGUCGCUGCCUGCCAGUCGGCCCAAGAUUGAAGAGACAGAGAUGCCGGAGCUGACAUCGUACCCCUUGCUCCAGCGCCGGCUUCGACCGGUCAGCAAGGUCCAGCACAGUCAGCGUACCAAAAGGUACGUUAAGUUGUGUCAGAAGUUUGCGAAGAAUCAAGAUGAGAGAAAUCGUUGGGUGCGCCGUUUUGGUGAGGAGGAUACAACCCGGUACGAGGAGAUACCUGUACCGUCGUUUGCGAGCGAUACAGAAGAUGGAGCGUCGGGCCCUGGGCCUCCAAGGCAAAUCACGACGGCAGUGUCGACCGACGAAGACGAGCUCAUUGAGGAAUCACGGCCAAAAAAACGCCGAUCGACCGGUACGACAAAGCGCACAGCAGUCACGUCCGCUUCAGCCCUAGUCGUCGACGAUGAAAUGGACGAGACCAUGGACGAGGAAUCGCCUCCCCGCCGCCCGCUGAAGAAGACCGCAGGAAGGGGACGAGGUAAGAAGGCCUCCAAGCGGGUCGCCGGCGGCAUCAACAGCGACGAACUAGGCGAUGCCUGCGACAGGGACAGCGACGCGAUGGAGACGGACGGCUCAGACAGCGGAGGCGACCUGCUGGACUUUGUCGUCUCGGACGAUCACCCCGUCUCCAGCAUUCAGCCGACGUCGUCGACGCUCGCAACGAGUCCCAUUAUUAUCUCUUCCGCGGGGCCGCGGCCCAAGGGAGUCGCUCGGCCGUAUUACGUACCGACUGAGUUUCCAGGGACGCAGGAGUCUGUAGAUUCGCUGCCUGACCUUGAUGGCGUGCUGAUGAGCAGCAAGGGGAAGAAGGUAUUGGGUUUCGUUGAUCCAGAGGAUGAUGGGUCUGACGUGGAUGCUACUCCGCGAGCGCAGGGAGGUGGACGGCUGCAAAGGAGGCGGCCGGUGUUUGAUAGUGAUAGCGAUGAGUGA